UUGUUUCAUUUUCUCAUUCGUUCAUUCUUUUUCCUGUCUCUUUUUUCACCCUUUUCAGUCCUAAUUAUACUCUAGUUUAGUUCCUCUAGUUGGUUUUCAUUUGUUCCGUUCUUGCUCCAAUUAUGUUCCGCUUUUCCUCCUAUUCUAUCACGUUCUGUUUCCAUUUUAACCCGUGUGUCUUCCGUUUCCUCAAAUUGCGUGCUCCCGUAUUUACUCCUUGCCAUUUCCUUCUUUUCUGUUUCGUUUUUUCUCCUCUUUUGUUCUGUUUUUUCCUACUCUGUCUAGCUGAUCCUCAUUUUAUUUCUCGCUUUCCUCAUUUUCUUGAUUGCUUUUCUUCCGAAUAAUUUUUCUUUUCCGGUCUCCCCCGUUUUCUGCACAGUCUCCUCAUGGUUUGCAACGUUUUUACUCUCUUUUUUCUCCCGUGUUCUUUCUGUCCACUUUUUCCUAUUUUUUCGUUCCUUUUCUCCUUUAAUAUCCCGCGUUUUCUCCGUUUUCAGGCCUGUUUCUCCUCUUUUCCUGUCUCGUUUUAUGUCAGUUUCUGUCCCGUUUCGGUUCCGAUUUUCGUCUUUUUUCUUUUCAUUUAAUUUCGUCGCCUUUUGAUUUCUUUUCAUUUCUGUUCUGCGUUCGUUCUACGUCUGUAUUUUUCUUUCGUUCGGCUAUUCCAUUCUUCCUCUUAUUAUGACCCGCCUUUCCUUCUUCUUUGUCACGUUCUGUUUUUCUUUUCCAUUUUAUCCCUUUUAUCUUUUGUGUUAAUUUUUUUUCUCCCCAUUUUAUUUCCUUUCCUUUUCAUACUCCCUCUUGUUUGUAACCGUCGGCCUAGUCUCCGCCCAAGGUUUAGGAGACUGUCGCGCGCGGUAAAAUGUAUGAUAAAUGUCACGAAAUAAAAUGCCAAGAAAAUAGUGGAAAUACUCUGUUGCAAACAGCUUUCCCCGGCGACGUACGCAGCCACGCGUCAACGGUUUCCACCCACCCACCACCAGGGGGCGGAAAAUGGAGUCGAGCUAGCGUGGAUUGAGUAUGUCAGGAAAACGAUCAGCCAGAGAGAGAGAGAGAGAGAGUAGGGUUCUUGGCGCGAAGAAAGGUCAUAGGUCGUUGGACAAAAGCUAAUCAAAGCCAUUACCUUGUCUGAAGCCAAACCGUCAACGUGCACAAGUUCAAACAGACAGACGAAAUUAGACCAGACGUUUCAGUUUGUUAAAAUACACAAAUUAGAAGGAAGAUAGGAGUGAAAGACAGAAAUUACCGCAAGUUUGAAGGAGGAAAGGAAAGACGUGUAUCACAAAGCAAACAACAGGUAUGGCUAUUCAGAAAUCUUCUACCAUAGUCCCGACCUUGACCGUCUUGAGCCGGAUGCUAAAAACCCCCCUCGCACUUAGGACCCUGUGCUUACCCUGUUUUUACCCCGAUUACCUGACGUUACCAACGUGACUCGGAACGAGACCUGGGUUGUACCGAAUUUGGUCCUCACGUCCGCCGCUGCCAUCACGAUCAUCAACCCCGAAGCUGAAAGAGCGUCCCUGCCAUCGACGCCAUCGCAGUAACGUCGCGUCGUCGCCAUCGCACUUGACAGAAGCCCUGAGUGAGCCCGCAGUCCCGGAACGCCGGAGGUUAGCCGUCGAACCCCGUUCCAACGUCGCCGACCUGACCGCAUGUGGAUCCCGGUCAGCAUCGCCACCGGAAGUGAAACCCCAAAGCCAAAAGACUGAGAGCGCACAAGAUGAGUAUUGAUCCGCGGCCAAACUAUCGCCGCAUGUCCCACUGAGGGAGGGUGAGUGACGACAACACGUACGUUAACCACACCAACCACCAGGACGGAACGGAACCAGUGGUCGACAGACAACCAAAAACAGCACACGCAAGAAACCUCCGACGUCCAGUGUUAAGCACCAGAACCAACCGGAAAACAGGUUGCAGCCAGGAAUCGGUUCAUCCCAGAGCGCACGCUGAGCGGUCGUUCAACAUCCGAUGCAACGAUGGCAACAUGCGUGAAAUUUACGAUUUCCCGACCCCUGCUGACGCUGACCCUAUGGCUGCUGGUGGACUACACCGCGCAGGCCCUACAGACCGCCGUCGGUAACGGCACGGUCACAAUCACGUCGCCACAUUCCUCCUCGACGUCGUCGUUUUCCCUGUCGGCGGAACUGCCGCCGGAGACGAAGCUACGCUUUCUUCGGCCAACCUUUACCCGCACGGAGCUGAAAGUGUCCCGCAGCCUCGAUCCGGACAACGUUCAGAAGCUGAACGUUCGCUCGAACAACGGUCGAAUGGUGGAAAUCAUCGUCAAAAAACGAGACGAAAAGAGUAACCCCCAUUCGAGGGGCAUUCCGCAGAACGAUGGGUAUCGGGUGACUAGUGACAAUUCACCCGAAUCGGUUGACCUGAUCAGUGCUUUUCUCGAUCACGUGAAUCGCAUCGAACGGCCAAGUCGACUGUACGAGGAUGAAAGUUCAAUCAAAAACGAUCGGCGACCGGUGAGGAUCGCUGUCAACAGUCGACCGGUUGAUGAAACCGCAUCGGCCAGCGUACCAGCCCCAGUAAUGAUCAGUUCGGACACAAUCUACAUGAAGGAUAAUGUUUUUGGUAGCAAAACGAAAAAGAAAACGGCACGAGCUAUACAGGAGAUUGGCGAGGAUGGUAUCCCGGUGGUGCACGGUAUUCGAGUUCCGGAUGACGAAGCCGACAAGCGUCAAGUAUGGCGGAAUGCUCGCGUAAUCAAUGGGGAAUUGGUACCGUACGAGAAGGGUCAUGUUCCGAAGAGGAUGGAAGGAACCGGCGAUGCCUACGGCCAGUUAAUUUUCGCUCGUCCAUCCAGCGGUGAAAUGGGUCGCCACCGAAGCAUCGGCCCCUUCACGACGGCCGAUAACUUUCCGCGGAACGAUAAACCCAAAAGUUUCGGUCCGUUCAGCGUCGAAGACAAUUUGCGCUCGAGCGUGCGAAUUAACGAUGCGGAACCACCGCAGCCAAUCAUAGUGAGAGCACCGGUAAGCAUUGGACCCUUCUCGCGUGCCGACAAUGCCCGUGUAUCGAACGCCAAACUGAUCGAAUACAUCAAAAAGAUCAACGAUCAGGAAAGUCGAAAACAAUACUACAUGGCACGAACCCCAAACAAGGAGAUCUAUGCAGAGCCACAACCGAAAAUCCAACGGCGAAUGCUGCAGAAUCCUGGCAAUCCCGUGUACCCGGUGUCGAAACUAUACGCCAUUCCCGGUUCCAGCCAACUGCAGGGCGAAUUGGAAGACUCUAGGAAACCGGUCCUACAGUACGCUCAUCCAGAGUUGGGUGUGCAACCGGCUAAAUCCGUCCCUCCGGAGCACAAACCAACACCGAAAGCCACGAAGAAAAUUAUUAACGUUGAAUUCGCCAAACACAACGAUCAUUCCCCAUUCGCAAUCGAACCGGCCAUGCUGGGAAAGGAAUACUACGACAAUCCACCGCCGGUCAAGUUCCCCACCAAACACCCGUACGAUGAAAUCUACCAACCGUCGAAAAUGCCCGCAACCUAUCCGUACACCUACGGAUUCAUCCGGCGCGUCAAACCCGAACGACCGCUGUGGAUCAAGCUGACCGAGAAGGUGAAGGAUAGUUUUCAAAACGGAAUCCACACCGUGCAUGAAUUCACCAAACCAGUGCUGGACCCGCUCGUGGAAGCCGGCCACAAGAUCUCCAAGAACCUGGGCUUUGCCCCCAAACCUAGCGAGGCUAAGGACAAAGCUGAUCUGGUGGUGGCACCAGCUUCAAGUUCAAUUGUUCUGCCGGCUCUAGGCGUGCUGGCCGGUGGUGCGGCGCUCAGUCUCGGUGCCGUUGCCAUGGGACGUUUUUUCGAUCUGGACAUGCUGCGGCGGUCGGGCGAACAGCUCGUUAUGGAACUGGACGAACUGCAGCACAAACGAGCCCUGGAAGGGACCGAAGCCAAUCCGGACAAGUACUAUCUGUUCGUACCGACGACGGCCAUCACCCAGAUGGAAGCGAUAGAGGGUGACGGUCAAUCGCGACGAUCGAAACGAUCGAUUGACCGAAGCGAUUUGGAUGCAAACAUAUUUGAAAACGAAAUCUACCGGAACGAUAAAUUCGACGAUCAAGGGGACGUGAUAGAAAUCAUUGACCUAAAAGCAACGAACCAGCGGAGUGAUGAUGAUGAUGAUGACGAACUGCCGGUUGACAGCAUGCAGCUGCUGGACAGUUCGGAUCAUCGCCGGUAUAAGCGUGCCAUCGGAGCAGCAGCAGCAGAGUUUGGUGGUGAAGGGGAAGGCCUGAGCCAGGCACUGCAAGAUGUGGAACGCGAUUUGCCCCGACCGUCGCGGGUGGCCUUCGAGCAGCAGCUCAAACAAACCGACUGGAAGAAUCCUUCCUGUGCCAAACGGACGUUCUGCCUCGUCAUGGUCCAGCAGGGCGCCGACGAUGUGGUGCUGAUGGAGAAAAAGAUGUACACCAUGCUGGAAAUGAUGCAUCCGACGCUGGGGGCAACGCUGACCAAUCACCUGUCGGAAGUAACCGAUGCCAUUCGGCAGCAUGACUGCGGACGAUUCGUGUGCCUGCAGCAUCCAAGAGCGUAACAUCCGAGAGCCACCAAGCGGCAGCAGCAGCAGCAGCAAUAGAAGUAGCCCAUCGAACGAAAAGAGCAGACGGUUUCACAUCCACCCCGCCCACAAAAAAGGCCAACAAUAGAAGCAACUGGGAAAUCGUUUGGUUUUAUAGUAUAAGUUAAGCAAUUCUUUCUGUAAAAACUAAAAAAAAGCAAACAGAGAUUGUGUUGUUGUUACCUACUUGUAGUGUCGAUUUCAAAACCCAACACGGAAACAAUAGAAAAGCGCAAGGAUAGGAAAUCCGGACCAGACUGUAUCGCACACGCAAACACACAAACACACUUGUAUUUAAAUGCCAAAGCAAGAUGAUUAGGACAGCGGGAAAGGGAAGCAAAAUUUCCGUUUAGUUUAAAGUUUAAACAUUCGAUGCAGUUAAUGAUAAAACGUUGUAGUGCCUUUAGAUGGUUAAAUCCGACACGAGAACACACCCAAUGAUGGCACGAAUCCUAUCACGAACCGGAACGGAAACUUAGGAUAAGCCCAUACUAAGCUAGAGAAGAAAAAAAGUUGUGUCAGUUCAGUAACUUUUCCAUGCCCUACGCGUGGAAUGAAAAAAAAAAAACGAAAACGAGAAAGUGACAAAAUGACAAAUCUCGCAUAUUUAUUACUCGAUUUUACCUAAAUUAUGUAAACGAUUAUUUAAUUCCGAUAACUUAUUAGUCGGCUUGGGGUUGAUCUUUUCGAACCGAACAAUACGCAAACACCGAACUGAAACCGAACUACCCAUUGCAUUGGGGAUUGGACAUUUUGUCACAUUUUGUCGGACACUGACCAUUAUUGUGACGGAACCACGAAUCCACCACCACCCGACGACACCCGACGACGACUGAUGAGGAGAAGAGAGCAAGUUCGAACACUAUUCAUUUAUAUCGUAGAUUACGUCACUGAAUGGUAAAUUAAUUAAACAAUAGAGAUAGAGUUUUGCUAUAGUCUUGUUUAAAGAAAGAAAAAAAUAUGAAUCGAAUGAAAUACAAUUGUGAUGAGAGAAUGGAGAUGAUGUCGAAAAUAAAGCAAUAGUAAUUAUAGUA